ACGGGGGCGGCGAUUGGUUGGCUAAAAAUGCUUCCCUAAUCUCCAUGCUGAUCUUUACCCCCCUCCUCCCCAUCUGCCGUGACCUUCCUGCCGAUGUGCAGAGCCAGCCCCAGCGAGACGCAGCCAGCCCCGCUCUGCCGCGGUCCCCACAUCCAAAGUGCAUGAGGCUGGUGCCUGCCCUAGAGCCACCCAGUGCCCGCACGGACGCCGCAGGCAGCACCAGGAGCCAUGUCGGGUUCCUAUGACGAGUCGGCUGCGGCCGCGGAGGAAACAACUGACAGCUUCUGGGAGGUGGGGAAUUACAAGCGCACAGUGAAGCGGAUCGAUGACGGGCAUCGUCUCUGCAACGACCUCAUGAACUGCGUGCACGAGCGGGCCAAGAUCGAGAAGUCCUACGCACAGCAGCUCACCGACUGGUCCAAGCGGUGGAGGCAGCUCAUUGAGAAAGGUCCCCAGUACGGCAGCCUGGAGAAGGCGUGGGGUGCCAUCAUGACGGAGGCGGACAAGGUGAGUGAGCUGCACCAGGAUGUGAAGAACAGCCUGCUGAAUGAUGACUUCGAGAAGGUCAAGAACUGGCAGAAGGACGCCUAUCACAAGCAGAUCAUGGGAGGCUUCAAGGAGGCCAAGGAGGCUGAGGAUGGCUUCAGGAAAGCCCAGAAGCCCUGGGCCAAGAAGCUCAAGGAGCUGGAGACAGCCAAGAAAGCCUACCACCUAGCAUGCAAGGAGGAGAAGCUGGCCAUGACCCGGGAAGCCAACAGCAAGGCCGAUCAGUCCAACACCCCCGAGCAGCAGAAGAAGCUCCAGGACAAAGUAGAAAAGUGCAAGCAGGACGUGCAAAAGACUCAGGAGAAGUACGAGAAGGUGCUGGACGAGCUGAACAAGUGCACCCCGCAGUACAUCGAGAGCAUGGAGCAAGUCUUCGAGCAGUGCCAGCAGUUUGAGGAGAAGAGGCUCAACUUCCUCAAGGAAGUGCUCCUGGACAUCAAGAGGCACCUGAACCUGGCCGAGAGCAGCAGCUAUGCCAACGUCUACCGGGAGCUGGAGCAAACCAUCCGCCUCUCGGAUGCGCAGGAGGAUCUCCGGUGGUUCCGCAGCACCAGCGGCCCCGGGAUGCCCAUGAACUGGCCGCAGUUCGAGGAGUGGAACCCGGACCUGACGCACACGAUAACGCGGAAGGAGAAGCAGAAGAAAGGCGAGGGGGUGACCAUGACCAAUGCCAGCGGCACGGGGGACAGCGGGGCGCCGGCGGGCGAGCGCGGGAGUGUGAGCAGCCACGACCGUGGGCAGACCUACAGCGCCGAGUGGUCCGAUGAUGAGGGCAGCAACUCCUUCAACACCAGCGAGGCCAAUGGUGGCACCAACCCCUUCGACGAGGAGUCGGUGGGGAAGGGCGUGCGGGUGCGGGCUCUGUACGACUACGAUGGGCAGGAGCAGGAUGAGCUCAGCUUCAAAGCAGGUGAUGAAUUAACCAAACUUGGUGAAGAAGAUGAGCAAGGAUGGUGCAAAGGGCGCUUGGACAACGGGCAGCUAGGUCUCUACCCCGCCAACUACGUGGAGGCAAUCUAAGUCUUGUGGUGUGCUCCUCGUCGCCGUCAGCAGCUCAAUCCACCCUCCAUUGCCUCCAUCGCUCCACCAACCAGCCCUGGUGCUGUCUGGUCCUUCACUCCUCACACUUAGAGAUUCAGACAUAUUUUCCGACCAAGCUUUUAUUUUUUUAAGAGUUGUCUCUGAAGAGUAUUUUGCAUAGCCGCUUUCUUCUUCUUCUUCUUCUCAAGAUAACGUGAAGCGAAAGAUGACGUCGUCUGUUCGUCUGCGUUCGUUGAUCUUUUCUCUGAACAAAAAAAGCCGAUACCUCAAGAUCUUAAAUCCCAACCAGUGAGAGCUCCUGACCGGUUGGCUUUUAAAGAUACUGAAAUCAUGAGCCGCCUUCUGAUUGGCUGGAACUGUUCCGAAAUGCACAGCGCUGAAGCUCCUGGGACUAAUCAAAUUCAUCCCAAAAGCCCAAGGUGGAUUGGAGUCUGACUCCAUGCUUCCAUGGUCUUCUCCCUGCUUCAUCCUCCCUUCGCAAAGGAAGGGAAUGAACACCCCCUCCGGCCCUGCAGCCACCCAGCCCCAUCCACAGGCAGGGCCUUGCUCGUGGGUAGGGCUGGUGGCAGACCUGGAUGCCCAGGUGAGGUGGGACCAGCCCUGCCGUGGAGAUUGGUGGCAUCUCCUCAGCUUCCUCUUCCUCUUCACGGCUGGGCUGCUGAGCCGAUGCCCCGCGUGUGCUGCAGGGAGCAGCAUCCCCCUUCCCGAGGGCCGUUAUCCAGGUCCGGGUGGUUUGGCC